GACAUUUGACGUUUAAAAACUCUAACCUUUAUAAAUAUCAUAUUUUUAUCUAAAUUAUUAGUAAAAUUUGCAAAAUUAUUGCUGUUUUAUAAAAUAUGGAAGGCGAGCUUCCAUCUGAAUUUGAUUUAAUAGUAAUUGGUACAGGAUUAACAGAAUCGAUUAUUGCUGCAGCUGCAAGUAGAAUAGGAAAGAACGUAUUGCACGCUGAUAGUAACAGCUACUAUGGUGGUUUAUGGGCAUCAUUUACUUUAGACUCCAUUAGCAAAAUAUCUGGAAGUACACCUCAAAGUGAAUCUGAUGCUACUAAGGAAUGUUUAACUUUUGGUAAUAACAAUUUUUCCAUAACUAACAUUAAAGAAGAAUGGCAUGUUUCUGAAGGCAAUAUUGAAAAGUUGAAUGAAUGCACCAUUGAAGAUGAUCCACAACAAAUUAUUGAGAAUGAGAAUUGGACGAAAAAUAAACUUCUGGCACUAUCUAGAAAAUUCAAUAUUGAUCUUUUACCAAAGCUUCACUUUGCAAGAGGUGAAUUUGUGGAAUUAUUGAUUUCUUCUAAUAUUGCAAGAUACUCCGAAUUUAGGAGUGUAAGUAGGGUCCUAACUUGGCUUAAUAAUAAGCUAGAAGUUGUUCCCUGUUCAAGAAGCGAUGUGUUUUCUAGUAAUAAUGUUACAGUUGUUGAAAAACGAAUGCUAAUGAAACUGCUGAAUGUUUGUUUAGAUAGCACUGACCAGGACUUUGCUGAAUAUGAAAAUAAAACAUUCCAUGCAUUCCUAAAAGACCAAAAACUUACUGCAAAUUUAAUUCAUUAUAUCUUGUAUGCUAUUGCUAUGGGAACUGAAAAGACAUCAUGUAGAGAUGGAGUUGAGAGGAUAAAAAGAUUUCUUAAUAGCUUAGGAAGGUAUGGAAAAACGCCAUUUCUUUAUUCCAUGUAUGGUAGUGGUGAAAUUCCUCAAGCAUUUUGCAGAUUGAGUGCAGUGUUUGGAGCAACAUAUGCUUUAUCCCAGUCUUUACAAGGGGUAGUGAUGGAUGAUAAAAAUAAUUAUAAAGGUAUAAUGUGUGGGAAUCAACAAAUUAAUUCUUCAAAAAUAGUAAUUGGUUUAGAUAAAGCUCCUAAAGCAUUUGUGGAUCACAUUAAACCUUUAAGACUUUCCAGAGGAAUUUUUAUUACUGACAGGUCACUAUUAGAAAGUGAAAAAGAACAUUUAUCCCUCCUUUUGUUCCCUCCCAUGAAUGAUAAAAAUCCAGUUACAAUCCUUGAAAUGGGAAGUUUAACAGGAACGUGUCCUAAAGGACUGUAUCUUGUUCACAUGAUGACCGAUCAAUCUAAUAACCCAUACGAUGAUUUAAAAUAUUACGUAGAUACUUUAUUUACAAAAUCAGCAGAAAAUGUCAAUAUUGAAGGCGGUGAUGUUGAAAACAGACCACAGUUAUUGUGGUCUUUCUAUUUUUCAGUACCCGUUUCGAACGAUUUUAAUUUUCAAAAAGAUCUUCCUAACAUUUUCGUUUGUUCUGGACCAGAUUCUGAUUUGGAUUAUGACCCUUCGAUAAAAAUUGCAAAAGGGAUUUUUGAAAAGAUGUACCCAGAUUCCGAAUUCCUUCCAAGGGCUCCUGAUCCUGAAGAAAUUGUUAUAGAGGGUGAUGAAAGCAAUGAAAAUGAAGAAAUUUUGCAAAAGGAUCUUGAUGAAAAAUGCAAACAACAAAACAAACAAAAUGAAAUAACUGAAGCUGAAAAUAAUGAAGCCUAA